CGCUGAGCAAGAUGGAGCUGUCUGCAGUGGGCGAGCGGGUCUUCGCGGCCGAAUCCAUCAUCAAACGGCGGAUCCGAAAGGGACGCAUCGAGUACCUGGUGAAAUGGAAGGGGUGGGCCAUCAAGUACAGCACUUGGGAGCCGGAGGAGAACAUCCUGGACUCGCGGCUCAUUGCAGCCUUCGAGCAGAAGGAGAGGGAGCGUGAGCUGUAUGGGCCCAAGAAGAGGGGACCCAAACCCAAAACUUUCCUCCUGAAGGUGACAUCCUCGCUGAUUCAGCAUGCGCGGGCCCAGGCAGAGGCCCUCCGCAUCAGUGACGUGCAUUUCUCGGUCAAGCCGACCGCCAGCGCCUCCUCGCCCAAGCUGCACUCCAGCGCUGCCGUGCACCGGCUCAAGAAGGACAUCCGCCGCUGCCACCGCAUGUCCCGCCGCCCCCUGCCCCGCCCAGACCCGCAGGGGGGCGGCCCCGGCCUGCGCCCGCCCAUCUCGCCCUUCUCCGAGACCGUGCGCAUCAUCAACCGCAAGGUCAAGCCGCGGGAGCCCAAGCGGAACCGCAUCAUCCUGAACCUGAAGGUGAUCGACAAGGGCGCGGGCGUGGGCGGCGCCGGGCAGGGGGCCGGGGCCCUUGCCCGCCCCAAAGUCCCUUCACGGAACCGCGUCAUCGGCAAGAGCAAGAAGUUCAGCGAGAGCAUCCUGCGCACGCAGAUCCGCCACAUGAAGUUCGGCGCUUUCGCGGUGUACAACAAGGCCCCGCCCGGCCCUCUGCCGCCCCCGCCAGCCACCAAGGCCGACAUCGCCGCCUCCCCUGGCCAGGGGCUGCUCCUGGCAGCCCCCAGUGCCCCGUACGACGCCCGCAGCUCCAGCUCCUCCGGCUGCCCUUCGCCGACCCCGCAGUCCUCCUCCGACCCGGAUGACGCGCCCCCCAAGCUGCUCCCCGAGACCACGAGCCCAUCUGCCCCCGACUGGCGGGAGCCCGAGGUGCUUGACCUGUCCAUCCCUCCCGAGGCGGCGGCCACCAGCAAGCGGGCGCCUCCCGACGUCACUGCGGCUGCCAGCCAGGCCCUUCCCGCGGCCCCUCAGCCUGCCGGCGCCGCCUCAGAGCCCGAGGCUGGAGACUGGCGCCCUGAGAUGUCACCCUGCUCCAAUGUGGUCGUCACCGAUGUCACCAGCAAUCUCCUGACGGUCACUAUCAAGGAAUUCUGCAACCCUGAGGAUUUCGAGAAGGUGGCUGCCGGGGUAGCAGGCGCCGCAGCGGGGGGUGGCAGCAGUGGGCACAGCAAGUGAGGGGCUCCACCAAGGAGGGGGGUUGGGGGGGGGCCCUCCUGCCCAAAGUCAUACUCUUGCUCCCGCCCUCGCCCCCGCCCCCGCCCUCAGACAACCCUGCCUGUGCUUUGCUUGUUUCAAACGGCUCGGUGUUGACCCCGGGAUGGGGCUGGGCAGUUGGAGCCCCCUGAAGCCCAGUGGGAGGGGCGGUCGUGGAACGGGGUGGGGCUAGGGUGGGGCCAGGACACUGGGAAGUCCUCCCUCUGGUCUCUUGGCCCCCUCCCUGCCCACGCACAGUGGGGCCUGCUGGGUGGCUCCUGGGGAGCCCCGGAACUUGGGGUUCAGCUGCCCCCUCCACAUCCCAUCUCUCCCCAGCUUGCUUCCAGCUCUCGCGCACAGCAUCUGAUUUCUCGGUGCUAACCCGGCAGCUGCUGGGGCCCCUUAGGGGACCCCACCCCAGCAUGGGCACCGUCCCUUUCCUUCCUCCAGAUGCCUGGGAAGGAGGGGCAGGGAUGGGAAAGCCUGGACAGAGGUUGAGUUGAAGGCGGCCUUGGCCCCUCCCC